GUGUCAGUGAGCGGAUUUUUUGUCGUGUUUUUUGUUAUUGUUGUUUCACUUCUUGUUGUUUUUUUCUCUGUUUCGGUCUAGAAAUACAGACAGCGUACAACUUUUGUUUGUUGUCAUUGGAAAGGCUUCAAAAUGCGUUUACAUCGGAGCAAGCGCUUGAAAAUCAAUUAUAAUCAUAUCGUCUCAGAACGAUAACAAAACAAAUUAAACGUUAGCAGAAACGAAACAUUUUCUCGGACUUAGUAGAUAGAUAACGAUAAAGAAAUUUAUAAUUGAAAUGCAAUCGCCAAUCGAUCGUCCUGUCAGCACUUACGACAAUCUCCUGACUGCUUCGAGUGCAUUACACACUAGCACACCAAAGUUCAAACAACACCAACAACAACCAGAACAGGAAGCAUUGGGAGAGCAAGAAUCAAAAUCGCAGUUCAAUAACAAUAGCGCAGAUCAAAAAUUUGCCAAGGACGAUGCAAUGACAGCAAUGGUGCAGAGUCCUUCGGAUCUGAAUGGGACCAGUCAUAGCAUAGCAGCCGUUAAGGCAGCUAUGAAUGACGCAAAAUCGAAAUUUUUCGGCAUUAACAACUAUGAAGCAUCAACGGCUCACCACUUAAACGUGAGCCCAAUAGAUACUGUGGAGGUACACAAAACCAAGCCCGAGCCAAAAUACCAGAAUGUACCACAGAAGGGGAAACAGACUUUGCAAGAUAAUGACACGGGAAGUGUUUUAGCAGCUGAAAAUGAUAUGCAACCGAUGAAGAUUGCAACAGCAACUGCAACACCGACUUCUCCCCAACACAAAUCUCUACGCUAUGCCACAUAUGAACAAGUGCCGUUGAACGAUUUGCAUGCACCACAACCAUCCCAGCAGGCUGUCUAUAUGAGCACAACGGUUCCGCAGAACAUGAAAGGUAUGAAAAUCGCUGGACGACAUACACCAACUAGAAAUAGUCUGAGACAUAGUCGCAUGAUUGUUGUCAAUAAUAAAAGCUCGGACACUGUUCAAGAUGCAUAUGCAGCUUACACACGGAACGUAAAAAUAUCACGCUAUCUCCUAAUAGUGCAAUUUAUAAUCGGCUUGCUGCUCAUAGUUCUCUCACUUAGUAUAUUUCUUCGAGCUCCAAACGCUUCCAUACUUGCUAAUCCAUACAUGAGCGGCUUUGCGCUGCUACUUGCCAGCAUUGCUGGGCUAUUCCUGUUGCGACGCCAUCAAAAAAAUGACUAUCGGCCUCAAAAGAAUUGCUACAAAAUGUUGGUCGUUGAGUCACACAUCUGUUCUGCAUUGGCGUUGAUCUUCUGCUGCCUUCUGUUAGUUUGUGGGGCCAUUGAAUUCGCUCAACUGAGAGCGGUUGAGUCCACGGGCGGGUGCAAUUCAACGAAUCCCUUUCUGGGCUUUAGCCACUGCCCAUGCACACAGGAAGAGGACCAACAAGGGCUGGAUGCGUCACUCGAGGACGACCCAGCCAUGCAAUAUCAAAACGGAGCUCAGAAUAAUCUCAACGGCAAUAAACAACCGCAUGAUGGUUGUGGCAUGGGCCCCGAUAAAUGGCCAAAUGUGUUAAUAUGCUCAAUGACACUAAACGUUCUGGGAAUGUUUGCUACUUUUUUAUAUGUUACAAUCUUUAUUUAUUGCCGUCUAAAUAGAACACAUUUUCACACAUCUGUCUAAGAAACAACACCUAAGGAAAAGAGAGAAAAUCUGUUUGCCUAAUUUAAAAACUAGUUACAUUUGUUAAUAAAUUAUUUAAGUAAAUUAUUUUGAUAUAAAAAA